UUCCAAUCACCUCCAUGGCCACAGGAGUAUAAAAUCAAGCACCUAGGCAUGCAGACUGCUUCUACAAACAUUUGUGAAAGAAUGGGUCGCUCUCAGGAGCUCAGUGAAUUCAAGCGUGGUACCGUGAUAGGUUGCCACCUGUGCAAUAAGUCCAUUCCUGAAAUUUCCUUGCUACUAAAUAUUCCAUGACCAACUGUUAGUGGUAUUAUAACAAAGUGGAAGCAACUGGGAACAACAGCAACUGGUAGGCCAUGUAAAAUGACAUAGCGGGGGUCAGAGCAUGCUGAAGCGCACAGUGUGCAGAAAUCGCCAACUGUCUGCAGAGUCAAUAGCUAAAGACCUCCAAACUUCAUGUGGCUCUCAGAACAACACAACAACAGUGUGUAGAGAGCUUCAUGGAAUGGGUUUCCAUGGCCAAGCAGCUGCAUCUAAGCCAUACAUCACCAAGUGCAAUUCAAAGCAUUGGAUGCAGUGUUGUAAAGCGCACCGCCACUGAACUCUAG